GUCAAAGUGGCAAGAUGGCUACCGAACUAAACAAAACUCAAAUCCUGGCCAUUUUCAAAAGAUUAAGAUCCAUUCCUACGAACAAGGCCUGCUUCGACUGUGCAGCCAAAAACCCCAGCUGGGCAAGUAUUUCACAUGGCGUGUUCCUGUGCAUCGAUUGUUCAGGAAUUCACCGUUCCCUGGGAGUCCACCUGAGCUUCAUCCGAUCUACAGAGUUAGACUCCAACUGGAACUGGUUCCAGCUCAGAUGUAUGCAAGUUGGAGGCAAUGCCAACGCUACUGCCUUCUUUCGUCAACAUGGCUGCUCAACAAAUGACACGAAUGCCAAGUAUAACAGUCGCGCGGCCCAGAUGUACCGGGACAAGAUUCGACAGCUUGCCAACACUGCCUUGUCCAAAUAUGGCAAUGAUCUGUGGAUUGACUGUUCUAGUGGAGGAACUCCAGCUGCAGCCUCCGAGGAGAAAGAGGCAGACUUCUUUGCAGAACACACACAGGCUGACAAUGACUGGAGCAUGACAGCCUCCACCCAGUCACAACAGAACGGAGCUUCUGUCAACCCACAGCUGAUAGAGGUGACUACCAAAGCCCAGGAUGCUGCCAACAGCCAACCUGAAGAAGGACCAAGUAUUGAAGGACUGAGUACGUCCCCUAAAGCCACCCUGGAGGACUCCAUGUGUUUGUCUUCGCACAAGUCCUGGAUACCCAGCGAUGUGAAGCCAUCUAUCAUUGGGAAGAAGAAGCCCAUGGCUGCUAAAAAAGGGCUUGGCACUAAAAAAGGUCUGGGUGCCCAGAAGGUGAGCAGUAAGAACUUCUCCGAGGUGGAGAAACAGGCCCAGGUGGCUGAGAAGCUGAGGGAAGAACAAGCUGCUGAAGUCAAGAAACAAGCCGAGGAGUCCAUUGUGGCUUCCAUGCGACUGGCCUACAAAGAGCUGGAGAUUGACAGGAAGCUGGAGGAGAGGAAGAUCCAGAGCAUGGAGGGCAAGAAGCGGGAGCAGGCCGAGAGACUGGGCAUGGGCUUUGGGAACAGGAGUGCCGUGUCUCACUCUGUGAUGUCAGAGAUGCAGUUGAUCGAGCAGGAGACUCCAGUAGGGGCUAAAUGUUGUCGCUCCAAACUGGACAUGUUCGACGAGCCUGGCUUCACGUCUGGACCCCCCAAGUACAAAGACAACCCAUUCUCUGUGGGAGAUACUUUUGGCUCACGGUGGGACAUGGAUGGAGGAAGCGCCUCCUGGGCCCUGGAGAAGGAGGAGCCCAAAGAGGAAGUCACCAUUUCUAGUAUACAGCCAAUAGGAGAGAGGCUUCCCAGCAGAAGGAAGGUGGAGGCUUCAGCGCCGGUGGCAGAAUCCAGCGAGGCCAGGCAGAAGUUUGCCAAUGCCAAAGCUAUCUCCUCAGACAUGUUCUUCGGGCGGGAGAGCAACGCUGAGUACGAAGCUAAGACCCGCCUGGAGAGCAUGUCGUCCAGCACCUCCAUCAGCUCAGCGGACCUCUUUGGGGACGGCAAUGAUCGCUCAGCUGGAGCGUCGGGCUUUGAAAGUGUGUUGCCCUCUGGCCCGGACAUUGCCCAGUUCAAACAGGGAGUAAAGACUGUAGCGGGCAAGAUGGCCGUCCUGGCCAAUGGUGUGAUGAACACCAUCCAGGAUCGCUACGGUUCCUACUGACCACAGCUCUGGGUUGCUUCUGCCUGUGGGAAGACAUGCUGACGGAUUGUGCAGAUCACACCGGUCUCCUGAUUGACAGCUGUGUUGGACAGGAAGAGGCAAGACUUGAGACAGGAAGAGGAGAAGACGGCGUGGGGCAGGCUGUCCACCACCACCCCUCUGCCUUUCCACCUUUAGAAACAUUUUUACAGGAGGGACAGGAUUUUGUUUUUCUCGUUUUGGUUAGCCGAUUCUUUUUUUUUUCUUUUUUAAUUUUCAUAAAGGAAAACGAUCAGAGGGUUUAGUCUUUCCUAAACCGAGAACUUUUUGGUCUUAGAUUUCAAAAUUAUUACUGUCAGAGUUAAUUUUACACUAUUUUAUUCCUUACACAUGAAUCAAAGUAUUGUUUUGGUUCAUAUCAUCAAAUAUUAAUGUUUUACUAUGUAUGGUUUGGAGAAGCAGUAUAUAUUUUUUAAUUUGAGUUGUGUUUCCUUGACAUGAACCUCGAGCGCCAGGAGACUGACGUGGUUUCUCUGUGUUAAGACUGAAGCACUUCUGGAUACAGUAUUGUCUCCUGACCUUUGGAGAAGAACGGGGGGAGAACCUCUCGUUCCUCUUGUUCUUCUAGAAGCAUGAACCAGUCGACCGGUUUUAACUCCUCGGUUCCGGAAAGGUUGUUAAAUCUUUCUUUUGCCUUCCCCUUCGUCCACUCUCAUAGAUCCAUUCGUUGGGUGGAAAAAAAAAUGCUGAGGCAGCAUCUCAGGUUUUGCAUCCGCUUGAGGUGAUGAACCCGAGUCCUCGUCGUCACACGGUUUGUCUUUGCAACACUGGCUAUGGAACCCUUUUAAGUCUCGCCGUUUGGCAGAAAAAGGCAAUAGACAGCCCGUAUAUUACGGUCCUAACCGGCCUGUUUCCCUGCAGUAGAACACAAAACACGACGCCCCAUCUUAUCCUGUGACUUACCGAGAUAACGUGAUAUAAAGACAAAAGUAUUUUUCCAUUUGGCAGAUGUGGUUGUGUGGUUUCAGCAGGCGCAGCUCGCACCCUCAACUUUCAGACAAACAGGAACCCGUCGCGUUGCACUGCACCCGAGCUGAACGUUUCUCGUGGUGUCUUCCAGACCGAUGUGACAUUCAGACCCACCCGUUUGUUCAGAGAAGCGUUAAGUUCACCCGAGUCAUCUUCUGGAGGGCAGUGGAGUUAGGAUAGACUGCCAUCUUCUCCUUUCUGCCGCCAUGCCCGUCUGUGCAUUCCCCACCCAGGAUCACCGGUCCAAAGUAACCCCAUAGAUUAAAACACAGAAAAGGACGAAACCUUCUGAAAUGAACUAUUUAUUUGUAGGUUAUGAAAAGAAACUUAAUAGAAAUGUUAAUAAAGAUUGAAAUCCUUUGCCGUCAUCUCCUCAUUGACUUUGAGGCUCCCGUUGUAUCUGACAACUGAAAUGUGUCCCAAGUUUCAUUCAAAACCCGUAAUGAGUUCAAACAACACUUGAGAGUCAUCUGGUAGAAAAAUGUUUUAAAAUAUAAAAGUCGAGGAGUUGACAUGCAGUUCCACAACUUUGACAAUACAAUUCAAUUCUGUGGCGUCAACGUCAUACUUAACAACGUGCAAUCUUGUCCAGUAGUUUCUGGACGGGGACGGAAACAUUUUGGGGAAAGUACUGAAACGGAUAAAACCAUUUGAGAACUCGCUUGAAUGUAAGAUCUGUAUAUUUUACCAUCAAGGAGUCUAACGAUCAUCUUUUCAAAUGCUUAACUUUUCAAAAGACUGGAAAAACACAAACGGAAGACUCGGGUUGCAUCCAUCCAUCCGUUAUCCAAGCCGCUUGUCCUGCUCUUGUCCUGGGUAAGACGCUAAACUGCACCUGCAGGCUGUAGAGGGGUGGCACCUUACCUCAGCAAGGGCCCUUUGGCGAAGGACGACGUCCCUACUGAUAGAUCUGGUCCUCCUGCGUGCCUGUAUGGUACUUCCCAUGGUGCCCAGUCCAGCCAACACGUUGGGAUAGGAGAAGGGAACUCUGAUUUCAAAUCCACCUGCUGCCUUGUGGGUUGAUGCCUCUUUAGGCGAAGGCUAGGAGAAGGUAACUCUGAAUUCAAAUCCCCGGGCACAGUCUACCCAGCUGUCAGUACCCGGUAAGGGUAAACCAUGGCGGCUCCGCUCGCUCAACUCGGCAGCGGUUCCAGCAACCGGCAGCUCUUGUUUUGUCAACUCGGCGGCAGCUCUGGCAAGAAGCAACAGGAUUCUUCUGCGGCCGUCUCAGCUAUGCUGUGCCACCAAACAACCGAUCGUCUUGCCAAGGGGCACUACAGAGCACCAAACAGUGUCGUCAUCUAGGGUGCAGCCUCACAUUUGAAUAUGGAGAUAGUGAAUCAUUACUGUCUUUGUAUUAAAUUGUGUUUUACUCGUUUCAGGCGAAGGUGUGUGUAUCCUGCUCUCAGGGUCACGGGGAUGCUGGAGCCUAUCCCAGUAGUCAUUGGGCGGCAGGCGGGGAGACACCCUGGACAGGCCGCCAGGCCAUCACACACACAUUCACCCCUAGGGACAAUUUAGUACGGCUGAGUCACCUGACCUACAUGUCUUUGGACUGGGAGGAAACCCACACAGACACGGGGACAACAUGCAAACUCCACACAGGGGA